AUGGGAAAGCCAAAUACAAUACUUGAACUUUUCAAAAGGAAAAAUGCACAAAGUUCAAAUGCCAAUGUUGGUGAUACAUCAUCGCCAACUUCUGAUAUCCCAAUUUCUGAAAAUUCUCCUAAAAAACCUCGGAGAGUUGAUGCCAAUCAAUUUGAUAUUAGUUCAUUGGAGUAUGAUCCUGGAUUGCGUCGUCAGAUAUGGGAUUAUGAUGUUAAUCAACGAGAUGAAAUUCGAAGAGCUUACAUUAAAGCUGGUCCUUACCGACGUAAUAUCUCAAAGUACCCAAAAUCUGGACAAGCAAAUCACCUUCGUAGCUUUCAACCUUCGUGGUUCUUGCUAUUUCCUACAUGGCUUGAAUAUUCACCUGAUAAAGAUGCAGCUUUUUGUCUUCCAUGCUUCCUCUUUAGUAAGCCAUCGGGGCAUCCUACGCAACGUUUGAAAGCCUCAAUUGAUGUUGUUCGAGUGCUUGCAUUUCAAGGUGUUGCUUUUAGAGGUCGGGAUGAAAGUAUUUCUGAAGUGAUAGCUAAAGCUCCAAAGAAUGCCUCUUACACAUCACCAACGAUACAAAAAGAAAUUUUACAUGUUUUUUCAACCAAAGUGAAAGAGGCAAUCCGUGAUGAAAUUGGUGAUGCAAAGUUUUGCAUAAUUGUUGAUGAAGCUCGUGAUGAGUCAAUGAAAGAGCAAAUGGCUAUAGUUUUAAGAUUUGUUGACAAAAAUGGCUUCGUGCGAGAACGUUUUUUUGGGCUUGUUCAUGUCUCUGAUACUGUGGCAUUAACCCUAAAAAAAUGUAUAUAUUUUGUAUUGUCUCAACAUAGACUAGACAUUCAAAACAUUCGAGGGCAGGGAUACGACGGUGCAAGUAACAUGCGAGGUGAGUUGAAUGGGCUACAAGCUUUGGUUUCAAAUGAUUGUCCAUAUGCCUACUACAUUCAUUGUUUUGCACAUCGUUUGCAAUUGGCAUUAGUUACGGCAUCAAAAGAAGUCAUUUCCAUUCAUCAAUUUUUUACCAAUUUGAGUUCUAUUGUCAAUAUUGUUUGUGCCUCAUGCAAUCGAUUUGAAGAAUUGCGGGUUGCUCAAGCUGCUGAAAAUGCUUACAUGAUUGAAAUUGAUGAGAUUGAGACUGAAAGGGGACUUAAUCAAAUUAGUACUGUACAACGGGCUGCAGAUACUCGUUGGAGUUCUCACUUGAGAUCAGUUUCUAAUUUAAUUAAAAUUUUUAGUCCAGCUUGUGAAGUUAUUGUUAAACUCAUUGAUAUGGGAACUACUUCUUCCCAUUGA